GUGUGUGUUGUCCCCUCCCAGUAGAAGGAGUGAUGCGCAGUAAACGGCGAUGUGUGUUGGAGAAGAAACAGCCUUACAGUGGAGAUGAGUGGUGCUCUGGCCCCGACACUGAAGAGGAGGAGGACAAGCCACACCCUGCUACACACCCUGCUACACACCCUGCUACACACCGGCCUCUCCAGGGUCUCUCCGGCCCAUCCUCCAAAGCUGGGCCAGUGCCCCUCCCCCCUGACCCAGCUCUGACCCCUGGGAUGGGGCGUGGUCUGGGACCAGGAGGUCAAAGGUCAGAGAUGCCUCGCCCCGCUCAGCAGGUGGUCUAUGUCUUCACUACCAGCCUGGCCAACAGUGCUGCUGAAUCAGUGAUGCACGGCCACUCAGACUCUAUUCUCCUGUUCCACCAGCAGAACGUCCCACGGACCAAACAACUGGAGCAGGUCAGCUACCCACACUGAAAAGAUACGCAGCUACCCACACUGAAAAGAUACGCAGCUACCCACACUGAAAAGAUACGCAGCUUCACACACUGAAAAGAUACGCAGCUACCCACACUGAAAAGAUACGCAGCUACCCACACUGAAAAGAUACGCAGCUUCACACACUGAAAAGAUACGCAGCUUCACACACUGAAAAGAUACGCAGCUACACACACUGAAAAGAUACGCAGCUACCCACACU